AUGUACGUAGCAAAUGAAACAUUGAAUUGUAACGGUGACUGGUAUCACCUUGAUAAUCAAAAAACAUUUUCUAGAGAUCCAAUUUCUGAAACUCUAAAAUCAUUGGAUAACUAUUUAAUCCAUGCAAACUAUCAAAAGAAUAAAAACACCAUUCAGCUGAUUAAUAAUUGUGAUACCAACAAUGAAACCAGUUUUCAAAUGUUCUCUGGGCAUAACAGUGGUAAUAAUCCCAAAUAUACCAUAAAUACUCUUACUGAUUGCAAGGAAAAUGUUAGUAAUGCUCAACAGACGAAUAUGAACUUAAACUUUAAUGAUAACAAUAUUCAUUAUGAUUAUUAUAAUAAUCAUUUACACCGUUGUUAUUAUCCUGAAAUUUCUCCAAGGACAAAUAAUCUUACUAUUGAGGAAAGUUUAUUUGAUUGCGCCAAUUUGAGUAGAACAACAACUAAUACUAGUGAUACCACUAUAAAAAGCCCACAUAUAGAGGGCUUGAUAGUUCCAGUCUCCUCAGAUAUAAAUGAUUCAUAUCAUUCAGCUUAUUCAAAGAAUGGCACCACUGACUAUUUGCAUAAUAAAUGGUCGUUAUUCAAGACGCCAAAGCAAAAGCUAAAAAUUUUUGGUGCCAAAUGCUUUGUCAUAAAAUCUUUUGACCUUGCUGAUAUAAUCGCUUCAUAUAAACAUAAUAUUUGGUCUUCUACCCAAUUAGGUAAUAAGAGAUUGUCCAAGGCAUAUCAAAAUGGAAAGAAUAGAGUAUUUCUAUUUUAUUCAGUAAAUGCAUCAGGAAAAUUUUGCGGUGUCGCUGAAAUGAAGAGUGACCUAAGAAUGUGCAAAGAUGAUGUGUGGAGUAACAAAAACAGGUGGCCAGGGGAAUUUGAUAUUGAAUGGAUAUACGUUAAAGAUAUUCCUAACAGAAUGUUUAGGCAUUUAGUUAUAAAGGAAAAUCAAGGUAAACCCGUAACCAAUAGCAGAGACACACAAGAGGUUCCUCCUGAUAUAGCCACAAGCAUGAUAACGAUUUUUGAGAAUUAUACAAAUAAUCAACUAACCUCGUUCUUAAUGGAAUAUCAGGGAUAA